AAAUGAUGCGGGACUGAGUGUUGUUCUGGGUUAUACCACAUCAAGUGAUAGAAGAGAGCAUCUGGUUUCAGGAUAAGGUGAAAGACCGUUAUCCCUGAAAAUGGAGAACAAAGCAAGCACAGAUCUUCCAAAAGCCACCAGAGAAACCAUCCUUAAAAAUGAGGUAAUUACAGAAAGAAACUGGGUAAAGCUUGAAGAGACAACAUAUGUUGACCGCUUGGGUAAAACCAGAACUUGGGAAUGCGUAAAGCGUACCACCAGGAAAGAGGGCAUGCCCGCUGAUGGUGUUGCAGUUAUAGCUGUAUUGCAGAGAACUCUCCACUAUGACUGCAUCGUGUUAGUGAAACAGUUUAGGCCUCCAAUGGGAGGCUAUUGCUUGGAGUUCCCUGCAGGCCUUAUUGAUGAAAAUGAAAGUCCAGAAAGUGCUGCCCUGCGGGAGUUGGAGGAGGAAACAGGAUUCAAAGGGGAGGUCACUGAAUGUUCUCCAGUUCUUUGUUUGGACCCGGGUUUGACAAACUGCACGACAUACCUUGUGAAUGUGGCCAUCAAUGGAGAUGACCCUCAGAAUACAAGGCCCAAGCAAAAGCCUGAGGAGGGAGAAUUUGUGGAAGUUGUCUCACUACCAAAAAAUGAUCUACUGCAAAGAAUUGAGGAGCUAAACGCAGAAGAGCACAUUGUAGUGGAUGCCAGACUUUAUAGCUAUGCCUUGGCACUGAAACAUGCAACGGAAAAGCCUUUUGAAGUGCCUUUUAUGAAGUUCUAAUGCUGUGUGGUAUGAGAUCUUGAAAACUUGGAUGGGAUUCAAGUGAUCAGGGUAGAUUUAGAAGCAGUACUUCAUAUUAGAAAAGUUCUGUAGAUCUAUAUACAGACACAAACAACUAUAUUUCAGGCAAUAAUUUCUACAAAUACUUUGACCUAGAGUUAGACACUAAAGAAGUCAGUUGUUACAUAACGCAUUAACUCUGGUCGAUGGAAUCUUGUUGUUUUUAGAAUUAAAAAAAAAAUCAUGUCCCUUAA